AUGGACUAUAGAGCUCUUUGGCGGCGUGAUGGCGCCGAGGAGUUCCUCAAGCUUAUUCAGGACCCAUUCAAGUCUGCAUUUCAAACCAACGCCGUUUGGGCUUCGCUAGCCACGUCCGCAGUUGUCGCCAUUGUCCUCGCGCUCCUCUUCUCCCUCUUCCGACCUCGCCAUACCCUCGUCUAUGCGCCCAAAGUCAAACAUGCCGACCGCAAGCACGCUCCUCCGCCGGUUGGGAAAGGUCUUUUUGCCUGGAUCAAGCCUGUCAUCCGGACGAAAGAGGCGGAGCUGGUUGACUGUGUCGGCCUCGACGCUACAAUCUUCAUCCGAUUCACCAAAAUGUGCCGCAACAUCUUUAUCUUUCUCAGUAUAAUUGGCUGCGGAGUUAUGAUUCCUGUCAACUUAACUCAAAGUCAAAAUACUGAUGGUGCAACUGCGUUUGUCGUGAUGACCCCGCUGUACGUCAAGGUGAAUGCGAUUUGGAGCCAGGUUGUAUGUGCGUGGGCUUUCAACAUCAUAAUUACUUUCUUUCUGUGGAGGAACUACAAAGCCGUCCUGGCCCUGCGAAGGCGGUAUUUCGAGAGUUCCGACUACCAGCGAAGCCUCCAUGCGCGGACUCUGAUGAUUACCGAUAUCCCUCCAGAUCUACGCACCGACGAAGGGUUUCUACGUUUAACCGACGAGCUGAACCCCACUGCAGCACUUCCCCGGUCAUCCGUUGGACGGAACGUGAAGGGGCUUCCGAAAUUGAUCAAAGAACACGAAGAACUUGUGCGCAAGCUCGAGUCUGUUUUAGCCAAGUAUCUCAAGAACCCCGAUCGAUUACCGCCGUCCCGACCAACAAUGCGUCCACCCCGUGGCCACAGAGACGAGGAUGGGAGUGGCAAGGUCGAUGCUAUCGAUUAUCUUACCGACCGCAUUCAGAGACUCGAGGAGGAGAUUCGUCAUGUUCGGGCAUCUAUUGAUAAACGGAACGCGAUGCCAUAUGGGUUUGUGAGCUGGGACAAGAUUGAGCACGCCCAUGCGGUAGCGUACGUGGCACGCAACAAGCAUCCUCGUGGUACAACUAUUCGACUUGCCACGCGGCCGCACGACCUCAUUUGGGAGAACCUGUCAUUAUCCAAGUCGGCUCGAAAAUGGAAGGCCUUUGUAAUGUUCCUUUGGGUGACCGCUUUGACUGUUGUGUGGAUUGCACCUAACGCUCUGAUCGCCGUCUUUCUCUCCAACUUGUCGAAUCUGGGUUCCGUCUGGCCGGCUUUCCAGACGGAACUUGACCGAAACCGCAAGGUCUGGGCCGCUGUCCAAGGUAUCCUUUCACCGGCUGUGACGUCUCUGUUUUAUCUUCUCCUACCCAUCAUCUUCCGUCGCUUGUCAGCUCGGACUGGUGAUGCGACCAAGACUCUCCGGGAGCAGCACGUUCUUAGGCACCUCUACUCUUUCUUCGUCUUCAAUAAUCUGAUUGUUUUUUCUCUCUUCUCGGCGGUGUGGACGUUCAUCGCAGCAGUCAUCGACCUGAAAAACAAAAAUGAGGAUCCAUGGCAGGCAGUUCAAGAUGGUCAGUUCUACAUUAAAGCCUUCAGUGCCAUGUGCAAUGUCUCUCCGUUUUGGGUGACGUAUCUGCUGCAGCGAAACAUGGGUGCUGCUAUCGACCUGGUUCAGUUUGUGCAUCUCAUCUGGGUGUGGUUUGCCAAAACCUUCCUCGCCCCGACACCCCGGCAGACGAUUGAGUGGACAGCACCGCCGGCAUUCGAUUACGCCAGUUACUACAACUAUUUCCUCUACUACUCGACUAUCGCCAUCUGCUUCGCAACUCUACAGCCCAUUGUGCUGCCGGUCACUGCUCUGUACUUUGGUCUGGAUGCAAUGAUGAAAAAGUACAUGCUGAUGUAUAUUUUUGUGACCAAAAACGAAUCUGGUGGCCAGUUUUGGCGUGUGCUCUUCAACCGAGUGGUGUUCGCAGCUAUUUUGUCCAAUGUGAUCAUUGGCCUUGUAGCAAAGGCAAGAGGAACCUGGAACAUGGUGUAUUGUGUCGUGCCGCUCCCAUUCCUGAUGCUUCUUUUCAAGUGGUAUUGUAUGAGGACUUUCGAUGACGAUUGCACCUACUACAACAAGGCGAACUUGAGCGACACCGAAGCGCUUGCUGCUAGCAAGUCGAGCAAAUCGGCAGGGGACCGACUCAGUUCCAAGUUCGGCCACCCGGCCCUAUUCAAGCCAUUGAUCACGCCUAUGGUGCACGCCAAGGCUGCCGACGCGCUCAAGCAGAUUUACCGUGGACGGCUGGGAGGUAAUGAAGCGGAGGGAGAUUAUUCAGACAUUGUCAUGGACCCAAUGAUGAAAUCUCAGCCUGGCAAGACCAUGCCGGACACGUCGGCUCCGUUCGAGGUGGUCCCGGAGCAUCACCUCGAUUUCGCUUACUACAAGGAUCGCGCCGACUUCCAGGAAGAGUUCGGCGGAGGCAUCUAUGGGCGACCAGAGGAUUUGAUGACUGAGCGCUCUCACACGCCACGGAGCGCGCUGGGCGACUGGUCCCCCACCUCCUCUCGGGCACCUUCUCCCGCACCAUCCGUCCCAAGUUUGCCAAUGCUGCAGCCCGAAGCAUACGAUCCGCGAUUAAACCAGGGUAUGCAUCCUGUGUUCCGUCCGCCGCCAUUCAGAACGGGUAGCGGGAUGAGCAGAGGGCUCUACCAGCACCAGAAUGAGAGUGAAACGGAGCUCCUCGGACAGGUGCAGCAGCCAGCGGGAGUCAGCAUGCAGCCGUGGCGGCCGGGAGGAGGGUAUGGUCCUGUUGAUCAGGAUGACCAUGCAUUUACAUCAUAUGAACAGUAUCUUGUGUCUAUUGUACCUGAAAACUACACUUUGGCCGUGCGACAGCAGCCUCAGGCACCAGGAGCAUGCUUACCAAUUACCGGAUUGGGCCGAUCGCUCUUUCCCGACAACACUCGGACCACAGAUAGUCGCAGCCUAGGCAGCCCAUCGGCCACCGUUGCACGUCCUGAGCUGUACGAUGCGGUUGCCAUUUCGAACAGUCGAUGCUUAUACAAGCCAGCUCUCUGCAAGUUGAAUCAGCAGCCUAUUCGUCGCUGCCUGGUGCAACACCUCAACUGAUCGGGCCACGCCACCGAGUUCGAGCCUCCGACAUAUCCGCAACGCUGCGUAGUUAAUCAAUGGUUUCUGAUCCCACAAACCCCGGCUGAGUGAAGUGAUUAUUUACUGCACUUUGCUGGUAAUAAUCUAUUCGAUAGCACAACCUUAUUAUCAAACGGCGCAAUCGUACGGUUUGUUACGGAGGAUACCUAUACGAGCGAAUAUGGCUUGGUACUCCAUCCUCCCCGCAGAGUUCAUCUACCUCGAGAGCUGGGUCGUGCGGUUCUUUUUCUUCCUCGGCGUCGUGACAAUCCUCCCCUGGGUGACCCUCAUCAUACUCGAUAUGGCUCUGUACACUUGGCGCCUGGCGGUGUAUUACACUCCGGCGGUUGGGGGCCGGGCAAGGGGUAUGCAGCGUCCAAG